UUCAUUCAUUCAUUCAUUCAUACACAGAGAAAUGAAUCUUAUAACUAGUACUCAUCAUCAUGUUGAUCAUAAUAAUAUAUCUGAUCAAUCAGACAUAAUUAUUAUUAAUUGCUCCAAACCCGCCAACAACAACUCUGCAACAACGAAGAAGAAGAAGAAGAUGAAGAUGAAGAUGAAGGAGGAGAAGGAGAAAGAGAAGGAGAAGAAGAUCGGGCACCCGGUUUAUCGGGGGGUGAGAAAAAGGAACUGGGGAAAAUGGGUUUCUGAGAUCAGAGAGCCACGAAAGAAAUCCCGGAUAUGGCUAGGAACAUUUCCCACCCCUGAAAUGGCGGCGCGUGCUCAUGAUGUCGCCGCUUUAAGCAUUAAGGGAGAAUCGGCUGUCCUUAAUUUCCCAGAACUAGCCGGCUCUUUUCCCCGACCCGCUUCUCUUUCCCCCUUUGAUAUCCAGGCAGCAGCUGCAAAGGCGGCAGCCAUGGUCGACGACGACGACAAUAAUAUCAAUUCAAUUCUGCUGGAGCUGGAGGAAGAACUGAGCGAAAUCAUUGAUUUGCCCAACUUGGAAACGACGACUCUCAACGGCGAUGAUAAUCGGAGGAUUACGUGUCACGCGGAUUCAGUCGUUGAUCAUAAUAUUCAUGGGUACUGGUUGGAUUUGGAGGAGUUAGAUACGCCGCCGCCGUGGUUCCUAACCGCCGGCGGGGAGGAUUUUACCCACUACUUUUCCGAUUAUAAUUAUUGUAUCCCUCCUCCCGGAUAUGCAAACGAUUGCUUCUUUUGAUUCUUUGAUUUGGAUUAAUUAGUUAGUUAUCAUCUCGAUGAUGAUGAUGAAUUAAUUCAAUCAUUCUAUAUAUAUAUAUCUUUGUGGAUUUUUCUGAUUUAUAGUUCUAGGUUUCCUUUUUAAUGGAAUGGAAAGCU